AUGUUUCUGAGUAGGAAUGCAUUAAAAGCCAUCACAGACUUCCAGCAAGAAGAGGAAAACAUCAUGCAGCUUCUUGAGUGGAUUGACAAGGAUCAAAUGGAUGAAGAACGAAUUAUGGCAUGCAUUGAUGUAUUUAAUAUGGUUGGGAAGUUACUUGCCAAGAUGAUGAGCAGGAGGAAGUUUAAAUCAAAGUACGAUUUGCUAAAGAAUAAAUGUGAAGAAGAGGGUGAUCAACAGCGACUCAGUGAAUGCCUAACUUCCCUGGGAAUCAAUUGCGAAGAAGUGUUCAACUGUUCCUGUACACCUGGGUCCGGUUGCAUAAAACCUACACUUAAGUGCCCACUUAAGUAGGUCACUUACGAAUCCGUUAUGGGUACACUUACAGGUGUUGCAUGAAACGCACUUAACACUCUCGUAAGAUACUGUUUUACGUGGUAACUUACGGGCUCACUCAAAGGCACACGUAACUUUGAUAUAGUACUUUAUUAAUGACUCACUCUUUUUUUUUAAGCUAACCAUCGGUGAGUGUAAAGAAAGUUUUUUAAAACUUAAAAGUCGUUUCGAACACUUUUAAGCCUCUCAAAAAAAUAAAAUUUACAUGCAAUCGUUAUUUUUCUUCAAUGUCUACUGAAAAUGAUAAUUCUUCUUUUUUCGCGAUCGUCGGCUUUGAAGUGUCCAUCAGAGGUUAACAAAGCGCACUAGACCGAAUUACGUGAAGAAAAUUACUUUUUUUUACUUCUCAGUAUAGUAAAAGAUCUCGUUAACUUUAGUAAAAACAGUAACGAUACGGGACCUACAUAGGUCCCGUAAAUUUACGUGCUAUUUUUCCCGUAAAAAAAGUUUUAUGCAACACCCGCAAUUUCUGUUGCAUAAACGACACUUAAGUGAACACUUACGAAAAUCGUAAGUGCAACCAUUUAAGUGAAUUCCCUAAGUGGACCACUUAAGUGAUUUAAUGCAACUCACUUAAGUUACGAGUGCACGUACGUAUAUCCGUAGUUGUUACGGGCGUUUUAUGCAACCGGGCCCUGGCCAGUGCGUUGAGGCCAGUAAAAGAGCCAAAGCGUAUCUUGAGAAAGCUGACGGGAUUUAGAAUGACCUGGAAAUCACCUCUGGUAAUAGCAGGGCUCAGUGUCUCUCAAAACCUGGCCGAUGUCUCACGAAACAACGCGAUCCCAGGGGACAGCCCAAGAUAAAAGAAGCCAUUUGCAUUCGAUUAAACGACCACAGUGAUGAGGAGAUAUGCAGGGUCAUGCUUGGAGCUUCGUACAACGAUAAAGCAGGUGAGUUUGGUUGCUGUGGACCUAUGCUCUUGCGGACAGGGUAGCUUCCUCUGCUGCAUUUCCAGUGGCGGAUCCAGGGGGAGGGGCCCCCUUAUUUUUAGACCAAACUAAGGCCCGAAGGACCGAAAAAAAUUAUUUGGAGACCGGGCACCCCCUUAUCUCGGGGUCUGGAUCCGGCACUGAUUUCUGUCUGCUUUCCUGGUCAUUCCUUACGAUGUUAGCACAUUCCAAGACAGCUGUUCAAAACAUCCCUAAUGACUUGCCAUCACAACACGUUUAAAAACAAUGAAGAUUUUCAUUCCUUCACACGAGAAACGAAACGAAGUUUAAUGCAAAGGGUCCAACAACAUCUCAUAAUGUGCCAUUAUCCUUCUUAUGUUACUAUACGAUCGUUUUAAACAUCAGAUAUUUAAUCGGCCAUAUUGGCGACGGAGGUAAAUCCAAGGGGGGUUGAGGACAGGCUUUACCUCCGUCGCCAAUAUGGCCAAUGUUGAGAGUUGUGACUAACGAAACAGAGAAAGUAAGGCAAGAGAAAUUUUGCCGCCUUGGUCGCAUUGUCGUUGUGGAGUGGUUACCUUAUUGCGAUCGUCAGAACGCAUCCUAAGCUUGGUUGUCCUGUGAUACAAAGCAACAAAUUUUCGAGGGAUCGUAGGCGACUGCCGAUUAGUGGCCUCCACUGAUUUUAUCGGGGGCAUUUCGGUUACCUUAUCACGUUUGACAGAACGCAUCCAAAACUUGGUGGUCCUGUGGUACAAGAAACAAAUUUUCGAGGGAUCGUGGGCGACUGCCGAUUAGCGGCCACCACUGAUUUUAUCAGAGGCAUUUCAACCGAGUAACUGGACUCCUUUCGACUCGAUUUCGAUUCCGUAAGUGACGAACGCGGAUUCGUAAUCAACGAUUACCUCUAGUUUUGACUGUUUUGGCAGUUGGAAUGUAAUUUAGCGGCCAUUUCAGUUGCGAUUUCCAUUGUCAAUUGAUGGUCUGCUAAGAUGCUUGACUGUAGUAAUAUAUCACAAUUUUUAACAGUUUUAUGAUUUCUCUUUUAAGCAUCAUUCGUCUUUUAUUGAAGAGCAUUAAAGCCAGUGUUUUUAGUUGGCACAAAAGAUGUCCGACCGUAUAGGUCGUCAAGUCGUGCAUUUUAAAAGGCACCAAUGUUUCCGGGGUCUGACAUUUUGUUCUUUUCUUUUUGUAGUGGCUCUCUCGCUGGAGGAAGAUCAUGGUCAAGGUAUUAACAUAAGAGAAGAAAAGACGCUACCGAUUUACAAAGAAAAACUAGGAGAACAUCCCUUUACUGCCACUAUCUAUAACAACCUUUCAAACAACUUUUGUAACUUGGGUGAAUUUGAUGAAGCCAAACCAUAUUCUGAGCAUGCCUUAAAGAUACGGCGCAAGUUGCUGAAUGAUCACAUGGACACUGCAAAGUCCUUGUUUGACCUUGGGAUGAUGCAUAAAGAACAGGGGGACUUCCAGCAAGCAAUUACUUACCUUGAACAAAGCAAAAACAUGCAGGAGAGGGUUCUAGAGGACAAUCUAGAAGACCUUCAACGGUAA